AUGGUGGAGCAGGAGGGCGGCGGCUCGGGCGGCAUCAGCGAGGAGGAGGCGGCGCAGUAUGACCGGCAGAUCCGGCUGUGGGGGCUGGAGGCGCAGCGCCGGCUGCGAGCAUCCCGGGUGCUGCUGGUUGGCAUGAAGGGCCUGGGAGCAGAAGUGGCGAAGAACCUCAUCUUGGCAGGGGUCAAAGGCCUGACCAUGCUAGACCAUCAGCAGGUAUCGCAGGAGGACACAAGAGCUCAGUUCCUGAUUCCCGUGGGCUCGCUGGGCCGCAACAGAGCCGAAGCCUCUUUGGAACGGGCUCAGAACCUCAACCCCAUGGUAGACGUGAAAGCUGACCCGGAGAAUAUCGAAAACAAAGCCGAAGAUUUCUUUACUCAGUUUGAUGCUGUGUGCCUGACAUGCUGCUCCCGCUGCGUCAUGGUGAAGGUCGAUCAGAUCUGCCACAAAAACGGCAUCAAGUUCUUCACCGGGGACAUCUUUGGCUACUAUGGCUACAUGUUCGCCAACCUGGGGGCGCACGAGUUUGUGGAAGAGAAGACCAAGGUCACCAAAGCCAGCCAGGGAGUGGAAGACGGGCCCGACACCAAAAAAGCCAAGCUUGAUUCAACAGAGACAACCAUGGUGAAAAAGCGGGUGGUUUUCUGCCAGCUGAAGGAAGCGCUGGCAGUCGACUGGAGCAGUGAGAAGGCGAAGGCAGCCCUGAAGCGUACCGCCCCGGACUACUUCCUGCUCCAGGUGCUGCUGAAAUUCCGGACAGAUAAAGGGAGGGACCCGUUGCCAGAGAGCUAUGCCGAAGACUCGGAGCGUCUGCUGCAGAUCCGAAAUGAGGUGCUGAACUCCCUGGGCGUCGGCGCGGACCUGCUGCCCGACGACUUCGUCAGCUAUUGCUUCUCCGAAAUGGCUCCCGUCUGCGCAGUGCUUGGAGGGGUCCUGGGACAGGAGGUCGUCAAGGCCCUCUCCCAGCGGGAUCCACCCCACAACAACUUCUUCUUCUUCGAUGGCAUCAAAGGGAACGGAGUCGUGGAGUGCCUGGGUCCCCACUGAGCCUCCCAGCGCGUCGGCCUGCAGCUGCAGCUCAGCACCCGGUGCCGCUGGAGUCCCUCUGCCUCCCUGCAGCGCCCGGCCAGCCGCUGCACGGUGCCGCUGGAGUCCCGCUUGCACCACGCUCCCCUCCAGCCGCGGCCGGCCAGGCAGCGCAGGCAUGGCCCCCACGCGGGGCGGGAUGGGGACGUAGCAAAUCCCCACUCGCUCCCCCCGUGUGUUCUCCUGGGCUCUCCAAUAAACUCACUU